AUGCAGAUAAAGUCAAGAUAUUAUUAUAUUUCCCUGAAUAUUUCAAUUCUCUUAUCCCUAAUCACUUUUAUAAAGUUAACUGAACUCCAAGAAACUCGAAAUUCUAAAACACCUUGUUGUUUUCGUGGUUCUAAUAUAUGUGAAUGUAAAAAAUUAUGGAUUAAUGAGAAAUUUUACAAGCAUUGUGGUGAAUUUAUUCAUAAAACACAAUUCAUGCGUUUAAUGCAUCAAUUAUAUAUUGAAGAUAAAGAAGAAAUAAUUAAUAAUAAUAAUAAACAAGAGGAUUUAUACACAUUGAUAGCUUUUGCAAAGAAUAAAUUAAGUCACUAUGAUCGAGUCAAUUUUACAUGGGUCUCGUUAUUAUAUAUUAAUAUACCUAUCAAGUGUAUUGAAAAGUUAUCCAGUUGUAAUAUACAGCCUGUAGUUAAUCUAACACUUGGUGAUUGUCCAACUUCCACUGAUAUUUACUUAUCACAAGUAGACAUUUAUUUAAUUCAACAAAAAGUAAAUAUAACUAUGCAAGAUUUAAGAGGAGGAACUGAUAAACAAUUUUACAGAAAAAUUGGUUAUCAUUUCAUUUCAUAUAAAAUCUUAUACAAUACAGAUUAUUUCAUUCAUCCACCGAUUAGAGGCAAUCGAUAUUAUGUGUUACGAUGUUUAAAGCAUGAAACAGUGCUUAAAAAUAUUGCUGAUAUUAUUACAAAUCCAGAGGAAAAAUUAGCCAUUGAAACUUAUUUAUUUAUAUCAAAUAAUUUUUAUAAUAUAUCAAAGCAUUUAUCUGAAAAAUAUCCCUUACUUUAUAUAACAGAUUAUAUGAUUAAAAAAGAAUAUGAAAAUUGUGAUAUAAAAUAUGAAGUUGAAUUUGAACACUAUAAAGGUAGUUUACAUUAUGAAUUUGAACAGUGUUCAAAUGUUCAAUGGUUAAGUGAACUAAAGAAUAUUACAAAUACUACUGAAUUCAUAGAUAAUAUUCAUUAUAAAAUUAAAUUAUGGACACGUGAAUUAAUACUUGAAUAUAGUGUAUUAGAGAUUAUUAUAACAAAGCAUUUAAGACAAAAUGAAACAAUACAUUCAGUCAAAAAGGAAAUUAUAUUGUCUGAAAAAUUUGCUAAAGCCUAUUGGUAUACAUUAUAUAAAACAAGUAGAAUUGCAGCAAAACUACAAGUGUUUUAUGAACUAUUAGAGAAAAUUGAAAAUCCUUCACGUACUUAA